AUGGUGUGUCUAGCCUCUCAGGGUUCAGUACAAAGGCAGCAGACAGAAAUGCCAGUCUCCCAGUCUUUGCAGGGAGAAGUGGCCCUUUUAUCUAAGGCACAGAAACCAGCACAGAUUGUGUCAGGGAAAAUAAAGAAACAAAGGAAUACAUUAAUAACAAAAGAACAACAUAAAACUCCAAAAACAGACCUUAAUGAAAUGGGCAUAAGUGAUUUACCUGAUAAAGAGUUCAAAAUAGUGUUUGUAGAGACGAUCACCAAGAUGAAGAGAAUGACGAGCAAAGAGGAGGGGAGAAGCUUUAGGUACCUGGUACCCAGCAGAGUUAUCAGUGGAAUUUCUCCAAGUGACAAAGGGCUGGAUGAGGGGUUCCUUGCUGGUACAACCAGGACCUCAGGCUCCAGGAAUUUGGACCGAGUGGUAGAGACAUCGCCGGCAGAGACGGCAAUUGCCAGCUUCCUCCUUGUGCUGUCUUGUGAUUCAAAACAGAUUCUGCUCCACUGUUUAAAAAGGGGAGCACAUUACUGCUGGAGACCCACAAGAACAGAAUCAAGCAAGAAAACGCAACAGUCUGAUACAAGAGUCCGACCCCAAUUCCUCCUUCACUCCUGCCUCUGUGGAGGAAACAGCGACCUCCAUGAGCACUUGACCUUGCUGAAGACAGAGUUUGCACUCCGCCUUUACCAGAGUGUGGCAGCAGACAGAAACGGAACAAACAUUGUCAUUUCUCCCUCCGGGGUGUCUAUUCCUCUGGAGAUCCUGCAGUUUGGAGCCCAAGGAAACACUGGCCGGCAGCUGGCGGAGGCCCUGGGUUACACCAUCCAUGACCGAACAGUGAGAGACUUCCUGCACGCUGCUUAUGCCACGCUACCCAGUUCCAGCCAAGGCACCAAGAUGGAGCUGGCCUGCACCCUUUUUGUGCAAGCGGGAACGCUGCUCUCCUCCUGCUUUGUGGAGCAGGUCUCCUGGUGGCCCAACUGCAGCCUGGAGCCAGCCAACCUCAGCGAGCCCAACAGCGCCACCGUCCAGGACAAGGAGUGGGCCUCCAGGCAGAGCACAGGGGGCCAAGGUCACAGUUUGGGCCCAGGGGACUCGACGUGGGACCAAGGCAGCGCAGCAUUUGCUCAGCUGGUGCUCGUAAGCACCCUGUCUUUCCAAAGCACUUGGUGGCAGAGAUUCUCCUCCAUGGACACUCAGCUCCUGCCUUUCACCUGUGCACAGGGACGUGUCCUCCAGGUCCCCAUGAUGUACCAAAUGGCCGAGGUCAACUACGGCCAGUUCCAGGACCUUGUGGGUCAUAAGAUGGGGGUGCUGGAGCUGCCUUACCUGGGAAGUACAGUGAGUCUGCUCCUGGUGCUACCUCGUGACAAAGACACCCCACUGAGCCACAUUGAGCCACACCUCACAGCCAGCAUCAUCUCUCUCUGGUCUUCCAGCCUGAGGAGAGCCAGGAUGCACGUGUUCCUGCCCAGAUUUAGGAUCCAAAAUCAUUACAACUUAAAAAAUAUUUUAAAUUCUUGGGGAGUCACCGAUCUUUUUGAUCCACUCAAAGCUAACUUGAAAGGAAUUUCAGGCCAAGACGACUUUUAUGUUUCCGAAGCAAUCCACAAAGCCAAGAUUGAGGUUUCAGAGGAAGGCACCAAGGCAUCUGCAGCCACAGCUCUUUUGUUACUGAAAAGGUCUCGGAGUCCUUUUUUUAAAGCUGAUCGGCCAUUCAUCUUCUUCCUGAGAGAACCUAACACAGGGUUUGUCUUCAGUAUUGGAAGAGUUUCAAAUCCCCUAGACUAA